AUGUACUUCUCCAAGGCCACCAUCAUCGCCGUCUCGGCUUUCAUCGCCCAGGGCAUUGCGACCCCCAUCAUUGAGAGCCGCAACACCAACGUCGCCGACUGCGCCGCGGUCCGCUCCGACUGCCAGUCCGGCCCUGACGCCAACCAGGCCAUCUGCGCCGCCAAGGCCGCCGACUGCUGCGACACCAAGGACAACGCCUGCCGCGUCGGCCCCGACGCCAACAUGGCCACCUGCUCCGCCGAGAAGGCCGCCUGCUACGGGUCGGCCAACCUCCCCGACCCCUACGCCAGCACCAAGCGCGAGGAGCAGAACUGCGCCGUCGUCCGCUCCGACUGCCAGUCCGGCCCUGACGCCAACCAGGCCGUCUGUGCCUCUAAGGCCGCCGACUGCUGCGACACCAAGGACAACGCCUGCCGCGUCGGCCCCGACGCCAACAUGGCCACCUGCUCCGCCGAGAAGGCCGCUUGCUAUACCGACGCCAACCUCCCCAACCCCUACGCCAAGCGUGCCGACGCCGACGGCGAGGAGUGCGCCGCCGUCCGCUCCGACUGCCAGUCCGGCCCUGACGCCAACCAGGCCAUCUGUGCCUCUAAGGCUGCCGACUGCUGCCAGGAGAAGGACAACGCUUGCCGCACUGCCCCUGACGCCAACAUGUCCUCCUGCUCUGCUGAGAAGUCUGCUUGCUUCUCUGCUGCCUCUCUGCCUGACCCCUACAGCAACUAA